CCCCACUAUUAUGUCUCUCUGUGUAUAUUUUCCUCCACACAACUCAUAGAAUAGUUUUGAAACCAUGAAUUCAAGCUCAGCAAAUUCAGCAUCCAUGGCUAACAACAAUUCUACUGAUGCUUCUGCCAAAAAGGUUAGGAAACCUUAUACUAUAACUAAGUCAAGAGAAAGUUGGACUGAAGAAGAACAUGACAAGUUUCUUGAAGCUCUUCAACUGUUUGACCGUGAUUGGAAGAAAAUUGAGGAUUUCGUAGGCUCAAAGACAGUAAUUCAGAUUCGCAGUCAUGCCCAAAAGUACUUCUUGAAGGUCCAGAAGAAUGGUACAACGGCACACGUGCCACCACCUCGGCCCAAGCGUAAAGCAGCUCAUCCUUAUCCCCAGAAGGCACAAAAAAAUGUGUUAGUACCAUUGCAAGCAUCCAUGGGUUACCCUUCUUCAAUGAAUUCCCUUCCACCUGGAUAUCCAUCAUGGGAUGACACUUCUGUACUUAUAAAUUCUCCAACAGGCGGAGCAAUGCCAUCACAAGAUGAAUACCAUCUUCAAAGAAUUCAGGCUGAUAUUGGAUCAAAGGGAGCUACAUUGAUUAGUAACAGCAGCAUCACAGGCAUAAGAAGUUCCAACAGAACAGCGCCAAGUUCUGAACUGCCAGAGCAGAGCAAACGAGGUUCUGUUCCUCAUGGUAUACCCGACUUUGCAGAAGUCUAUAGCUUUAUUGGGAGUGUCUUUGACCCAGACACUAAAGGUCAUGUACAGAAGCUGAAGGAGAUGGACCCUAUUAAUUUUGAAACUGUUUUGUUGUUGAUGCGAAAUCUUACAAUGAACUUAUCAAACCCAGACUUUGAACCCAUUAAAAAUGUAAUGUCAACGUAUGAUCUCGGUACAAAAGUUGUGGGCCUUCCUACAGGUAGUGCUGCCAAUAACCCCAAUGAUCUAUCAUGUCGGACAAUAUGAUAGAAGCUAUAGCUAUUAAGCAUGUUUGUCGGUGAGACUCUCCAACGGUGCAUCUUUGCGCUCAUGCUUUGAGAGCUGAAAAAACUCUUCUCUAGAAAGAGUCUCAGAGUUGUGGCAUGUGUAAGAGCAUCUUCCUCUGCUUUCUUCUUGAUGCUCGGUGGUCAUGGAAGAUGCUUCUUUCUGAAGUUAGCUUCUCUUAGUGAGAAGUGUGCCGACAUUAUGGCAGCUCUUGUUUUUUUUCCCUAGAAAUGUAUAUGCCCUCAAUUUUGUGCAGCUAGUAUUUGGUCCUGGUGUAAAAUUUACAGCUUUAAUUUAGUAGGAAUAAUAACAAGGAAAAAGUUCUUGUACCUCAUUGCCUUUUGAAGUAUGGAUCCAGG